UACAACAAGAAGAAGAAAAGAGCCAAUCACAGAGCAGGGCAUCAUAUUAAACUGUUUAGUUUCAAACAGCUGCUCUUCUCUUAAAAACAGUUUACUUUGAGUCUGUUUUUUGAGUAAACUACAAACAGAAGCUGGCUGGAUCUAUUUUCACACGGUAACAAUGAAGUUAACCGACAUGAAAAAGCUGAAAGUGGCCGAGCUGCGGUCCAGACUGAAGGAUCUCGGGCUGGACAACAAGGGGCUGAAGGCUGAGCUGCUGGGCAAGCUGUGGUCCGCGUUAGAGGCGAGACCAAGUCAACAAUACGGUGAUGAAAAGGAGGAUAAACCUAACCUACUGAAUUGCCGACCGAUGACACUUUUAGCAUCACCGGAGACGGUGGACACCCACCCUCCGCCCCCAUCACCCCCGACAGGAGUGCUCACAGACACCGCCACACAGACAGAGGCUCCCCCCGGGCUGGCUUCACCACAACACGGAUCAGCCGAGAGUGUGGUGUCGGGGUGUCAGGCGGGGGAGGGAGAGGUUGAACAUCUGCUGGGAGGUGCAGAGGGUCCUGAAGAGGAAAGAGGGGCUCUGCCUUCAGAGGAGAGUAUGAGCAAAGGGAGAGCUUUCUACGAGUUCAAAGAGGAGAUACGAUACGUAAGAGCCAAAUCACCACAACCUGCAGUGGAGAGAGAGGAGACGGAGGAGGAGAGUGAAGAUGAAGUCAGACUAAAUCCAUAUGACGGUCACCUCCACUUUAAGGAGGGUCCUGAUGGGGCCUGUGGUCAGCCGUGGUUCUGGGCCCGAUUCCCCUCGCUGUGGUCGGACUGCAGGCUCACUCACGGGGUGCUGCAGGGCAGGGUGGGCUUUGAGGUGAGGCUGGAAAAGAAGUUGACUACACAGCUGCAGGAACAAGAGCACGUGGAUCCCUGCGGCCUGAGAGUCGGCUGGUCUGUGGCCCACUCCUCUCUACUGCUGGGUGUGGAUGAAUUAUCUUUUGCUUAUGAUGCACGAGGGAAAAAAGUGUCAGGUGGGAAGGAGGAAGAGUUUGGAGAACCGUUCUCAGUGGGGGAUAUUGUUGGCUGUUAUGCUUCAUUCUCUUCAGACGGUGCUGUUGCGCUCUCUUUCCAUAAGAACGGUCGUCUCAUGGGUCAGGCCUUCUCCCUGGAUGCCUCCCUGCUGCUGGCUCAGCCUCUCUUCCCUCACGUCCUCUGUAAGGGCUGCUCAGUCCGAUUCCUCCUGGACCCCACAGCUCCUCCCUGGUACCCCGGCCCUCCAGGGUUCACAGCGCUGGCAGCUCUUUCUGCUGGGCAGAGGGAGCGUGCAGCCUUGCCUCCUACAUCCAGAGCACAGGGCGAGGUGAGAGACAGGAGCUGGGUUUCCAGCCAAAGUCAUACAUGCAGAGUUAUCACAGUGUUUUUAAUGCAUCCCUGUCACGGAAAAUGUUGUUGAUGAAUAACAUUUUUAGACUGACAUCAACUCUUGAGCUAUGACACUAGCAUUGCUAAUUUGUUUAUUUUCUAGCGCUGUACCGAAUAGUACCGGAGCUUCAAGGCUUCAUUCAUAAGUUAUUAUUACAUAUUCAAUAUCUAAGAAUCAAACUCCUAACAACAGCGAAAGUGCAGAUAUAUUCACUUCAAACAAGAUCUUACCAACAGUAAGUGCUGGUGAAUCAGAUACAAAGCCUACAUUAAUGCAACAAAUGCAAUUUAUUUUUGUUGUUGACAAAGUUUCUUCUUAUUCUGUUGAGCUUUUUCUGCCCAGUUGCAGACAAAGAUUAAGCUACACUGAUAGUUUUUGUAUUCUGAUACGUUUCCUUUUUUUAGAAUGCUAGGAUUCAAACAUUUGCAAAACUCUAAAUUGCUGCAAAGUCUAAAAGUAUAGCUGUAAAAAAAAUGACAUCC